ACCACGCGGUGGAUGUUCGGCUUUACGCGCAGCUCCGCGUGGAUUUGUUUCGCCCCCCGCAGAGCCUCCCCGUCCGGACCGAACAUGCCCAGAGGCUUCCUGGUGAAGCGGAGCCGGAAGCCUGCCGCGGCGUCCUACAGGGUCCGCUCCGGGGAGGAGGACGCGCGGGGAGCCGCCGCCGAUGCGCCGCCGCAGCAGCAGCAGCAUCGUUUCUCCAUCCCGAAGCUCGAGCAUACCUGCAAGGCGGCGGCCGCUGCUCCGGAACCGGACCCCACCGCCAAGCCGGUGCAGUUCGGUAACCCGGAGACGGUGUACCGGGUUCUGUACAGCCCGACCCGGCCCGUCAGCCGGGACCAUGAGGGCUCCCCGGAGCGGCGCUGUAGCCUCGGAUCCCCGGCCUCAGCAGAGUCCUUCCCCGCACUGGAGCACCUGUUCGGCCCGGCGGACCUGAGGGCCAGCGCGGCGGCCGCCGGGGCGCUCCAUGCCGCGGGCGCAAAGCAGGCGACAGGCGACGCAGAGCGCCGGGGCAAAGCUGCCAGCAAGAGGACCAAAGCCAUUCGGAAGCUGCACUUUGAGGAUGACGUCACCACGUCCCCGGUCCUGGGACUCAAGAUCAAAGAGGCUCCGGUGGAGCCGAGGCCGGCGGAGGGAGAGCCCCCCCCGCCGGGGGGGCUGGUGUGCCAGCUGUGCCGGGAAGCCUACCCGGACCCGUUCUCCCUGGCGCAGCACCGCUGCUCCAGGAUCGUCCGGGUCGAGUACCGCUGCCCCGACUGCGACAAGGUGUUCAGCUGCCCGGCCAACCUGGCGUCCCACCGCCGCUGGCACAAACCCAAACCGCACGGCGAGCCGCCCGCGCCCUCCAAAGACAGCAGCGACCGGGACUCCUCCAGCCCCGAACCGUCCGAGUCCGGUUCCGAGGACGGGCUGUACGACUGCCCGCGGUGCGGGAAGCGCUUCAAGCGCCAAGCGUACCUGCGGAAGCACCUGGCGGCUCACCGCGGCCCGCGCAACCGCGCAGAGCUGCGGCCGCUCAACCCGAGCGCGUACCCCAGCCACGCGUGUCCGGUGUGCGGGGAGCGCUUCAGCAGCAGCGGGGGCAGAGAGCGCCACCUGCGGCUGCUGCACUCCGCCCAGGUGUUCCCCUGCCAGCACUGCCCCGCCCUGCUGCACAGCUCGCCGGGACUCACCCGACACGUCAACAAGUGCCACCCGUCCGAGAGCAGCCAGGUGAUCCUGCUGCAGGUGCCGCUGCGCCCCGCCUGCUGAGGCUCCGGUCCGGUUCGGUCCGGUCCGGAUGGGACCACACCGGAAGUGAUCCCAGAACAUUUUCCCAGUUUCUCCUGGAAGUUUCUGCCUUGCUCAAGGACACUUCGUCUCAGUCAGAGGGAGUCCAGAAGAUUCCGACUCUUGAAGAGCCUGUAGAAUCUAAAGUGCUAUUAGCUGUAGACCUAAGAGAGGGCCGGUCCGGUUCGGUUCGGUCCGCUCCGGUUCUGUUCCCGUCACUGAGUAGCUAUAAUAGAUCCGUGGAUCAGAGAGUAGCCGCGCUGCCUGCUGGGAAACCGCCUUAAAUCAUCUUAUUGUUAUUUAUUUAUGACUGUAUAUUAUCACUAUUAUUAAGUUAUUGCUGUGAUUUCUGGUGCGUUCAAGUGUCUUUUAAACAAUUAGUGGUUUUCUGACCCGCUUCUGCAAUCAUCAUCAUCAUCUUCCUCUUCCUCU